CCCCCAGAGGACACAAGUAGGAGUGGAGAUGUGAGACACACAGACGGGGGCGUGUCAAAGUGACUAACACAUUUCACAGCGCAUAAAUACAGACUUCACAGCUGCAGGGACAGAGCACAGAAGGACCAGGACAGAAACACACCAAAACAGAAGCAAAGGAGAGAAACAGAACCUUAACAUCAGAAAAAAUAAAAUCUUUAUUAAGUUCCAGAUAACUUGAGAUAUCUGGGUGAGGAGUUCUGUAUCUGCUGUAUAGUGUUGCUGUGAAAUCCUUUUCAGAGUGUUUCUGCUCUCCCGAGUAGAGCUUUGCAUUAUCCCACCGAAGAAGACUGGGGGCAAAGAAGUCAGGAUGAGAUCCACAGUCCUCGCUCUCCUUGUUUUGGGGACCUGCGCCCUGGGAGGGUGGUGUCUCCCCCUCAAAUCCAUCUUUGUUACCUUCCCUGGAGACAUACUCAAGAACAGGACCGACACCGAGCUGGCGGACGACUACCUACGGCGGUUUGGCUACAUGAAUGUUCAGCACCGCAGUGGCCUGGAGCCAUCCAUGUCCAAGUCCAAGGCUCUGAAGAUGCUGCAGCAGCAGUUAGGCCUGGAAGAGACCGGAGAGCUGGACCAGCCCACAGUCACCGCCAUGAAACAGCCCCGCUGUGGAGUCCCUGACAUCCGCAACUAUCAGACGUUCGCGGGUGACCUCAAAUGGGACCACAACGACAUCACUUACAGGAUCUUGAACUAUUCUCCGGACAUGGAAGGCUCCGUGAUCGAUGAUGCUUUUGCGCGAGCGUUCAAGGUGUGGAGUGAGGUCACCCCACUGACGUUCACCCGCCUCUAUGACGGGACCGCUGACAUCAUGGUGUCCUUCGGGAGAGCAGAUCACGGAGAUCCCUACCCAUUUGACGGCAAAGACGGCCUGCUGGCCCACGCCUACCCUCCAGGGGAGGGGGUUCAGGGCGACGCCCACUUUGACGACGAUGAGUUCUGGACCCUUGGAAAAGGACCGGUGGUGAAGACGUACUAUGGCAACGCUGAGGGUGCGAUGUGUCAGUUUCCGUUCGUGUUCGAGGGGAAGUCAUACUCCACCUGCACCACCGAGGGGCGCUCUGGCGGCCUGCCCUGGUGUGCCACCACAGCGGACUACGACAGAGACGAGAAGUACGGCUUCUGCCCCAGCGAACUGCUGUACACGUUUGACGGUAACAGCGACGGGGCUGCGUGCGUGUUCCCCUUCGUGUUCCUGGGCGAGACCUACAACAGCUGCACCACGGAGGGCCGCAGCGAUGGCUACCGCUGGUGUGCCACCACCAAGAACUACGACCAGGACAAGAAAUACGGCUUCUGCCCAAACCGCGACACGGCUGUGAUUGGUGGAAACUCUGAGGGAGAGCCCUGCCAGUUCCCCUUUAAGUUCCUGGGAAACACGUACGACUCCUGCACCAGCGAGGGCCGCAGAGACGGGAAGCUGUGGUGUGCGACGACGGGCGACUACGACCGCGACCAGAAGUGGGGGUUCUGCCCCGACAAGGGCUACAGCUUGUUCCUGGUAGCAGCUCAUGAGUUUGGACACGCUUUGGGUCUGGACCACUCCACCGUCCAGGAGGCCCUCAUGUUCCCCAUGUACAGCUAUGUGGAGAAGUUUUCCCUGCAUCAAGAUGACAUUGAAGGCAUCCAGUAUCUCUAUGGAAAAUCAGAAAAUGGGAAUUGGAGGUCAACAAAAAAACAAGAAGGACCAACAAUAGCAAAGAAUCAUCCGGAUCCUUCAUCCCUGCUGCCCACUCUCGCCAUUUCCGCUGGAGUUCUUCUGCUGCUCUGCUGUGUGGCCGCUGGCGUCGCAUGGAAGAUCAAACGUAAAAUAAGACCAGCUGUGGAAGACAAAAAUGAAAAGGUACUUUGGUCUUUGAAUGAGAGUGGUCUUUGGAAUUCACAAGUGAUGUUUCAUCCCCUUUAAAAUGUUCAUGAAUUGUUCAUAGGAAAUAAAAUGUGUGUUAUCUUUUCUACUUGCUUUACAUUCAUUAGCGAGAGUUGUGGUUAUGUAGCUUUUAUAAAGUCAAUAUACAUUCAUAGCCAUGACAUAAGGAGUCCAUAGCUAUGAUGGUAUUCAUAUGAAACUUUAUAAAGGCUUUAUGAACCUACAGUAAAGUGUUGCAUUAUUUCCUCCCCAUUGUAGCCCCCAGGAGCGACCUAUGCUGAAGUUCUGACCAAUGACAGCACACAGGAGCCAAGUGACGUGGUUUACUCCGAUGUGAAUCUACACCAGUGCUCACAGAGUCCUCCCCGACAGGACCAAGUUGUGUACUCUACUAUUAACUAUUGAAAGGCCCAUUUUUAGACAUUUUAGACAAAAACUGCCAGACAGCCACUCCACACUCACCGGAAUUGCCUCAUGCUGAGACUUUAUUUAAAAUAAACAAAUUUUUAAAAAUGUAAUGUAAUUUUGUUUCUUAUUCAAACCUGGGUCAAAUUUUAUAUGGCGACCUGCUAACAUUCGAAAACAGUUGUUCAGUUGUUCCCUGAGAAUUUUUACCAAAAUGUGUACCUCAUCAAAACGUGUAAUUACAUAAGCCUUAUAAUUAUAUGAAAAUGUCAUUAUAUGGAAAUUCGAAUUAUAUGAAAAUAAGAUUCAUUUUCUUCUGAAUGUUUUUGCAAAAAAAGAUGUUGCUUUUUAAAUUGUCAAUGGUCUGUAGGAGUUUCACUACUGGCUGAACAAUGAAAGUAUUUGACCCUGGUGUGUUUGCUGUGAGAGUACUGCAUUAUAAAUAUCUAUAGCCCUUUCUAUGUAAAAACAGUUUGAGUAAUGUAAUACCAUUUCAGCUUAACAUGCAAGAAAAUGACUGCAACAGAGCAAUGAACUUCCAAAUUAGUUUUACAUGCAAACCAAUUGCUGUAACAUUGCGAGAAUGUAAAUCUGACACCUGAGUUCCAUCCAUCCAUCAUCUGGGGGGCGCUGGAGCCUAUCCCAGGAUGCGUUGGGCGAGACACAGGAAUACACCCUGGACAGUUUGCAGGUUCACCGCAUGGCAAACUGUGUUGCAAUUUAAUGGAAUUCAGAAAUAAGGAAUAUCCUAGUAAUUUGGUAGUUUGCACGAUUUUCACUGUUACUUGGUUUUGAAUACAGCCAUUUAACAGGAGUUCUUCAUAUUUGGAGCGAUGUGUAGCAUGGAGUGUAGCACAGUGGGUAAGGAACUGGACUUGUAACAGAAAACUUGCAGGUUCGAUUCCCGGGUAGGACACUGCCGUUGUACCCUUAAGCAAAGUACUUAACCGAAAUUGCUUCAGUAUAUAUCCAGCUGUAUAAAUGGAUACAAUGUAAAAUGCUAUAUAAAAGUUGUGUAAUUCGCUCUGGAUAAGAGAGUCUGCUAAAUGCCUGUAAUGUAAUAAUGUAAUUUGGUUUGGUACAUUGACAAAACGGGUGUAAAUGUGAUGGUUCUGUGUUUCUGUCUCUGUUUUUCCUUGUUGGGCCGCCAGAUGGCGGCACUUCAGUUCGUUCUCCCUCCCUGUGUGAAUUGUAUUAUUGGUUUUAAUUAUUCUGUCAUUGUUCCCACCUAUGUCUUGUUAUGCCCUCCUUUUUCUGGUUUGAUUGUUCUUUGAGUUCACCUGUGUCUUGUUACCCUUGUCUAUUUAAGUUCUUUGUCUCCCUGACUCGGGUGCUGGUUCCUUGUGUUUCUGCCUGCGUUCCUGCCUGCAUUCCUGCCUGCGUUCCUGCCUGUGUUCCACCAACCUGUAUUCUGUCCUGCCCGUGUUCUGCCCUGCCGGUGUUCUGUUCUGUUUUUUUAAGUAUCUUUUUGUGUUUAUGGUUUUGCCCCUCGUGGCCUUUUGUUUGUUCCCUGUUUGUUAUUAAGUAAAGUCUUUGUUUGAAUUUUC